AUGGACCCGAAGCCUCAGAAUGCUCAGGAACCUGGUUAUGAAACUAGUAAAUGGGACCAGGAUACCCGGUGCAAGGAACUCAGGAAGAUCUUCUUUAGGUUGAACACCUUCUACACCUUCUUAAUGUCUAGAAAGCAUGUUAUCAGCACCUUUGAGACACUUAGAAAGCCUAUUGAAAAGGACAUUAGGAGAGUACUUGAGCCGCUUGAUUUGGCUAAAAUCGCUUUUUUACUGCCAAGAGACGUGGUUUUCAAGUACGUGGACGCCAAUCAGUUCCAUACAGAGACAAAAGAAUUCGAUUUCAAUAAUGGCGGGUACCAGCAGAAAUCAAGCGAUAUAUUUGAGCUCAGGCCGGAAAAUAAUGAGCUCGAAGAUUCAAGGGAUGAUCAGAUUCUUGUGUUUGAGUUUGUUGAUGGAGACAUGUCACGGAAAUUAUCGCGGCGGGAGUUUAAGACCCAGGUGAAGAUGCCAGAGUUCUCGCCCGAUGCAAUGCGAAAAAUGAUUGCACGCAGGAACACCAUUUUCAAGACUAGCCUGGCGAAGUUUUUGCGUCAAAAAAAGCACAAAGAUAGUGAUCCGUGGACAAUUUUAGAAUCCGAGGCAUCUGCAAUUGUACCACAGAAAAAGGAGUUUGUGGAUCCAAUAGAGGCCAUGAUAAAAGCUCGAGAGGCUGAGGAUGGGUCUCAGGUACUUGUAGAUGCUGAAAAUAACUCGACAAGGCUUACUAUGCCCAUUCUUUUGAAAAAGCUGGAAAUGUCCGAGCUCUACAAUAACCAGAUCGUGAGCCACAUGGUUCUCGAGGAACGGUGUGCACAGUUUAAUGAAUUGAACUUUGAAUUGGCUUCUGAGGCGCUCAACGCGUUUGAACACAAAACUUUCUACUCGCAUCAAGCGCAGGCGCUGAAUGCUAUCCAUGCUGGAGAAAAUGUCAUAAUUACUACAUCUACCUCGUCGGGAAAGUCUUUGAUUUAUCAAUUGUCAGCUAUUGACCAGCUACUCAAAGACCCUCAGGCCACUUUCAUGUACGUUUUUCCAACAAAGGCUCUCGCUCAGGACCAAAAAAGAGCUUUCCAAGUCUUGCUUACCAGAAUCCCGCAGCUGUCGCACGUUAUUGUUGAUAAUUAUGAUGGCGAUACAGAAGAAAACAAGCGGGGAUAUAUCCGUAAAAAUGCGAGAGUCAUUUUCACCAAUCCAGACAUGAUCCACGUAAGUGUAUUGCCUAAUCAUCCCAAUUGGCGCCAUUUUUUGAUGCACUUGAAACUCGUUGUAGUCGAUGAGCUUCAUAUGUACAAAGGACUUUUCGGAUCCCACGUUGCUUUAGUAUUGCGAAGACUUGUGCGGUUGGUAAAUGGAUUCUACAACAACAUGGAUGUCAAGUUUAUCUCGUGUUCAGCCACUCUUAAAAGACCCGUCGAGCAUAUGAGAGGCAUCUUUGGCACAGAACAGGUAACUCUCAUUGAUAAUGAUGGUUCACCAAGAGGGGAAAAGCAUUUAGUUGUUUGGAACCCACCUGUUCUAGCCCAACAUGUUCGUAGAAGAGAGAAUUUCAUUCAUGAAAGUGCAAAGAUUUUGGUGCAACUCGUUCUGGAGAACGUUAGGACUAUUGCCUUUUGCUACGUUCGUCGUGUUUGUGAGCUGUUGAUGAAGGAAGUGCGGACGAUAUUCCAAGAGAUGAAUAGAACAGAUCUAUUGAACGAGGUGAUGUCCUACCGUGGCGGUUACUCUCCGUCUGAUCGACGUAAAAUUGAGCAAGAGAUGUUUCACGGGAAUCUCAGAGCCGUCAUUUCGACGAAUGCGCUUGAAUUGGGUAUCGACAUAGGCGGACUGGAUGCUGUUCUUAUGUGUGGAUUUCCUCUUUCAUUAGCCAACUUUCAUCAGCAAAGCGGUAGAGCUGGUAGAAGAAAUAGAGACUCUCUUACUCUUGUGGUGGCCGGUGACUCACCUGUCGACCAGCAUUAUGUUGCACAUUCAGAACUCUUAAAAGAUGGUGGCAAAGAAUCCUUCCAAGAACUCGUACUCGACUUUGAGAAUGUAUUGAUUUUGGAAGGACAUAUUCAAUGUGCAGCAUUCGAGCUUCCAAUUAAUGUUGAGAGAGACCAAGCUUAUUUCGACAGACAGAUUUUAACCAAAACCUGCCAAGAGAGGCUACAUCACGAUGCUAACGGAUACCACACACAUAAUAGGUUUUUACCGUGGCCAGCAAAACUUGUUAGCUUAAGAGGCUCUGAGGAAGACCAGUUCGCUGUGGUGGAUAUAACAAAUGGGAGAAACAUUGUGAUCGAAGAGGUUGAGGCUUCGAGAACCAGUUUCACCCUAUAUGAUGGGGGAAUCUUUGUUCACCAAGGGUACCCUUACCUCGUGAAGGAAUUCAAUCCUGAUGAGCAUUAUGCCAAAGUUCAAAGAGUUGAUGUGGAGUGGACUACUAAUCAAAGAGAUUUUACUGACGUGGAUCCAAAGGAAAUAGAGCUGCUGAGGUCCUUAGAAGAAAGCGACGUUCCCGUAUUUUUUGGUAAAAUUGUGACUACAAUAGUUGUUUUUGGAUUUUUUAAGAUGGACAAGUACAAGCGCAUUAUUGAUGCAGUUGAGACCUACAAUCCUCCAGUUAUAAUCCAGUCAAAGGGGCUUUGGAUCGAUAUCCCUUCCGUCGCCCUGGACUUGUGCAAACAAAAAUCGCUAAAUAUUGCAGGAGGGAUACAUGCGGCUCAACAUGCCAUUAUGGGCCUCCUCCCAGCCUUCAUAGUUGCAGGCGUUGAUGAAAUACAAACGGAAUGUAAGGCACCAGAGAAAGAAUUUGCAGAGCGUCAGACGCAACGCAAGCGCCCAGCGCGUCUUAUCUUCUACGACUCAAAGGGCGGAAAGCAUGGAUCUGGACUAUCAAUAAAGGCAUUUGAGCACAUAGACGUGAUACUAGAAGGAGCUCUCAAAAGAGUCGAGGAGUGCCCCUGUGAAAAUGGAUGCCCCGACUGUGUUGCAGCAGCUUUCUGCAAAGAAAAUAGUCUAGUGCUAUCAAAACCGGCAUCUUUGAUAAUACUUCAUUGUAUAUUGGGUCACACACCUUCAACCUUUAUUGAUAGCAUCAAAGAAGGACCUGAACCCAAUCUACCUGAUAUCAAAAUUGAGACCAUUGUACCUGCCUCAGGACAUGUGAAGUUCUCUCAGGACCUGCAGAUUAUAGACGUCAGGAGUGCAAGCAAAAAGCUGAAAGCGCCUUCCAAGGAAAAAGAUGAAGAAAACGCUUCUACAGAGGUAAAUGGGGAGGACCAUGCUUCUACAAAGGUAAAGGAGGAGGAUCAAGAAAUUGGAUAA